AUGUUCAACACUCUUUUUCAGAUACUUUAUGACAAGAUGAGUUUUGGAGGAGAUCCCAAGUUUUUGGCGAGACUCAAAGAGCAGCUAGAAAAUCACACCAGUGAUUCAACGGUCGACCCGGAAGAAGUGGCACAAGGGCUGAUGCAAAAAUAUCCUGAUUACGGCCGCAAGAAACAGAAGCCCUUUGUUCGGAUGGUGGCUGAAGCGUUCGAUAAGUUGGGAGUAAAUGAAAAAGACGAGGAGGACAUUAAAGUGAUUGCUGAAACGACUCCACGAGACCAUCGAAAGCGAAAAUUGAGCAAGUCAAAGUCUGCCCGGACACAAGAUGUGGUUCUUGACAGUGAUGAGAAUGAUCCCGACAUGGACAAAUAUGUUACCUAUCCGAAAACAAAUCGAGCCAACAAGUCGAUCACAAAUUUGUAUGCUAGCGGUGCUAGUAACGCAGGCACCCCAUUGUCGUCUAAUUCGAAAGAUCGGCCAAAGAAAGCGACAAUAAACGGAAAGCCGGUUAAUGCAGCGUCUCUAGCAAAACCUCGAGGUUUAGGAGCGGUUUCUAUCGAAUUUCUUCCAAAGAAGUCGGAAAUAAGCUUUCAACAUUUGGGUGGCUGUAAUAGGCAAUUUCUGGAAGUCUGUCGGCUGGCGAUGCACAUGCGACGACCGCGAACUUUUUCGAUGUUGGGUGUUGAACCACCAAAAGGAUUUCUUGUUCAUGGUCCACCGGGUUGCGGAAAAACAAUGUUCGCUCAAGCGAUUGCUGGCGAAUUCAAUUUACCAAUGUUUCAACUCGCCGCUACGGAAUUGGUUUCCGGUGUAAGUGGAGAAACCGAGGAAAAGUUGCGACAACUUUUUGAAGCCACAAAGCGUCACGCUCCUUGUGUUCUAAUUAUUGACGAUAUUGACUCGAUUGCUCCUCGACGAGAAACGGCUAGCCGAGAAAUGGAAAGACGUGUUGUCACACAAUUGUGCAAUUGCUUGGAUGAGCUGUUUUUAUCCCCAAAAGAAAAGCCACUCGAAGACAAAAUCAAUUUUUCGGCGAAUGGAGAAAUUCAGAUCGAUAACGAACCGCCUAUUGACGAUCAUCGAGUGUUGGUCAUUGGGACAACAUCACGAGCGGAUGCACUGGACAACGGUCUGAGGAGGGCUGGGCGAUUCGAUUCGGAGAUCGCACUUGGCAUUCCGGACGAAGACGCUCGGGAGAAAAUACUGGCAACUAUUUGCAAAUUACCCUUGGACGCUUCGAUCAGUUAUCGGAUGUUGGCUCGUUUAACUCCGGGUUAUGUUGGAGCGGAUCUAAAAGCUCUCAUCACUGUCGCUGCCAAAUGCGCUGUGUCUAGAAUAUUCGAUACCAUGGUGCAUCACAAUCCGAAACAAAAACAAAUGACGAACGCCGAGAUUGAGGAAGAGCUGCAAAAGGUUUUGGCAUGGCUUGUUUCUGAUGACGAUCCUUCUACGAUCACAAGCUUGGGCGGCUUCAGUGUCACAAUGGCAGAUUUUGAGAGAGCUUUGCAAUCGGUUCAACCAAGCGCAAAACGCGAAGGUUUUGCGACGGUGCCCGAUGUAUCUUGGGAGGAAAUUGGAGCGCUACAAGAUGUCCGACAAGAACUUGAAUGGAACAUUCUAUAUCCGAUAAAAAGGCCCGAAGAUUUUGCGUUGCUUGGAAUAUCAAGCAAACCACAAGGCAUUUUGCUCUGCGGGCCGCCCGGUUGUGGAAAAACGUUACUCGCGAAAGCUGUCGCAAACGAAACGGGGAUGAAUUUUAUAUCAGUAAAAGGGCCCGAGCUACUAAAUAUGUACGUCGGUGAGAGCGAGCGAGCCGUGCGAACUGUGUUCAGCCGAGCAAGGGACUCAUCGCCUUGUGUGAUUUUCUUUGAUGAAAUCGAUGCUCUUUGUCCUAAGCGAAGUCAUAAUGAGUCGUCGGGUGGAUCCAGGCUUGUUAAUCAACUUCUCACUGAAAUGGACGGUGUCGAAGCUCGCAAACAAGUCUUUCUGAUUGGCGCCACAAAUAGACCUGAUAUCGUUGACCCAGCAGUGCUCCGACCCGGACGUCUUGAUAAAAUCCUUUUUGUCGAUUUUCCUUCAGGACCGGAUCGAGCAGAUAUUCUUCGAAAGUCAACAAAGAAUGGCACUCGACCACACAUCGCGCAAGAUUUCAAUAUGGAUGCAUUUGCUUGUUCAUCGACCUUGGAUGGGUUUACUGGAGCUGAUUUGAGUGCUCUCAUUCAUGAGGCCGGCAUUAUCGCCCUUAAAGAACGUCUCUUCGAAAAUAAAAAUGACGUAGAUUCGGUUAACGAGACUCACUUCCAAAAAGCCCUCAUCAAGAUACGACCGUCUGUAUCCGAAGCAGACAAGAAAAGAUACGAGAGAAUGAAGCUACUAUACACAACAGGCGGAUUGAAACUUCAAGCGACAGCCGCGAAUUCG